UCGGUUCAUAUUAUCCGUUCAGCUCGGUUCAGUUCAGCUCAGCCAAAAUAUCUUUCAAUGUGUUUUAUAUGGACUAAUUCAUACUAUCCGUCUCCGACCCUUCAGCACCUAUCGGCACGCUUACGGCCGUCCGACGAUAUUCUUCCAGAGAAUAUUUUGCGGAUGGACUGAAGGGCGUGGUUAGACUGAACGAGACUGAACGUGUAAUAUGAAUAUGCAACCGCUCAGUUCCGAUCAGUCAAUCAGGUUUGCAGUAGUUUGAAUCACUAUAUUUCACGUAUUUCAAACGUAAAAAAAAUAAAAUGGAUUUGGAAAAACUGAUCAGUUUGGUGCGUGAACACGAUAUUUUGUACAAUUUCAAUAAUAGACAGUACAGUGACGCAAAUGAAAAGGAGAAAAUUUGGAGGAACAUUGCAGUAAAAUUGAACGAAAAUGCUAAAGAAUGCAAAAAGCAAUGGAAUUCCUUGAGGGACGGUUAUAGAAAAAAUAAAAGAAAAAGGAUGACAAAAAGUGGUCAGGCUGCAAUACCUUUGAAAAAGUGGAAGUUCGAAGAAGAAAUGAAUUUUCUAGAUCCUUAUAUUCAGGAUAGAAAGACAUUUUCCUCAAUAGAAAUUUCUGAAACUGAGGCCGAUCCUGAAACAGACGUCGACGAGAUUUCCCAAAUUGAAGAAGGUGCAUCAACAAGUAAUGACUCUGUUACUCCAAAAAGGAGGAAAAAAGAGAAAGCUUCAGCUUCUUCCAUGGUUAUGGAUUAUUUGUUAAAAAAUAAACAAGAAGAAAAGGACGAUGUCGAUGCAUUCUUCCAUGGAUUGGCACAGACCGUGAAAAAGAUGUCACCAUACUAUCGAGCCAUUACAAAAGCUCGUGUUGGCUCAGUGGUUGGAGAGAUGGAAAUCCAAUCCAUCAUCAAUCCUAAUCCACCUGUGGCAAGAACGAAUGAUGAACUAAAUUUUUCAAAUUCAUUCACCCCAAUAACUUCGCCUGAUGGACCAAAUAUGAAUCAAAGCUAUUAUGACUAUAAUCCUUAUCCUCCUAGUCGAUAAGAAUGAUAUGAUUUUUUGAAUUGAUUUCAUUUAUGUUUCUCUUAUUUUUUAUAUAUUUACAGUUGGUAUUCAUGUUUUAU